AUGGAUAAUAGAGUCAAUGAAGUACUGCUGAAUUCAAACAUAAUAUUGGAAGCCAAUUUCCACUAUGAGAAGCUUACAAUGGUCAAUGGCUUGUAUAAUGGUAAGCAACCGAUGCUCUUUCUUUUACUUGGGACAAUUAAUGAUGAUGGAGUUGCCUCUGCAUCAGAAGCACUAUCCGUGGUCCUGAAUGUCGAUUCUAGAACCGGUCAUUUCAGCUUUGAUAAGGAGCAAUUGGCUACGCGUAUCGAACUCAUGAAAGUAACACACAAACAAGAUGAGCUAAUCGGCUUUCUGACUAUUAAUAGUAAAUACUACAACUACGAAGAAACUAUCCGCAUGAUCUUGAUUGAUUUUAUGCCACAAUUUGUCGGCUCUGCAAUAAUAUUCUCGUAUACACCUAAUGAAUCGUCAAGUGAAAAUAAAACCCAACAAAAGAAUACAAGCCAUCUCGAUUUGUCAUGCCAGCUUAUUGAAAAUUAUAAUAUCGACACUUGCGAUCUCAAAUUUCAGAUUGAGUACAAUAAUAUCGAAAUUCCUGUUGUGUCGGGAUCUAAGAGCGAAUUAGAACUAGACGAAAUGCCACUGCAGGAUGAGAUAAAUUAUUACCACGACAGGAAAAAACAUAUUAAACAGGAAUUGAGUAGGGUAAUAUCAUAUUUAGGCAAUGCUUCAAGUGUUGAACAACCAUUAAACGCGGCUAUCUUAAACAGAGCAGCAAUUAUUACACAUCUACUGAAUAGAAACCCUACUAACGAUAUAGAAACUGCCAUUUCAAAUAUGGAAAAUGAAAUUAGGCUUCUCCAGACUACUUUAGAGCAAUGGGAAAUUGUCAAUAUGAAAGAUAAUCCAUCAUAA